AUGACGGAUGCUGCUUCGAGCCUUGUGAGCAAAGACGAAGAAGAUGUGCUCUACCAUUACGGCAACACUUGUGAACCUAUUCCUGUGUAUUCGGUUGACGAACAACCUCUCGAUGGACCGUCAACGCUAACGAAUACUCUCAGAUGCCCGGUGCAGUACAUUAGCAAGGUUCCGCCGUCACUGGUCAGCGACAACUUUUGCUUUAUUUGUGAUGGGGACGAGGUGUCUGUGGAAGAUAUUCUUACUGAGUGCCAAUGGUGGAAGCAGACCAGUAGCAGUACACGGUUCUACUCUUCCGACAAUCUGACCACUUUUCAUCAGGUCAAUCUGCUGACGUGCCGAGGAGAGACGCGAGGUGCAUACAGAGCAAGGGUGCGUGGCGGAGCUAUUGCCAAGGUUUCAUUGGACAAAAAGGAGAAAUGUGCUACCAGUUCAAAAAAAGGAUAUUCAUUCAGUACUUUUGGAGAUCGGAAAAAGUACGUUAAUCAUUAUGUUCUUGUCAUUACGAGCUAUUACGAUGUCGUCUUUCAUUCUUUAUAA